AUGGUGCUCCCGAGAUUGAAAGACGAACGGGCAGUGAUGCCCUUUCUGCUCCGUAUCCAAACCAUAGCCGGGUUAUGGGGUGAUCGGUCUCAGCGAUACAGAUUUUACUUGAUUUUUGUCUACUUCUGUCUCAUGGUAGUCCUGCCGAAGGUCCUGUUUGGCUAUCCCGAUCUGGAGAUUGCGGUUCGAGGCACGGCCGAGCUGAUGUUUGAAUCGAACGCUUUCUUUGGUAUGCUGAUGUUUUCCUUCCAGCGGGAUAACUAUGAGAAGUUGGUUCAUCAACUGCAGGAUCUGGCCACGCUGGUGCUGCAAGAUCUACCGACCGAGUUGGGACAGUACUUGAUCGCAGUGAACCGGCGAAUGGAUCGUACAUCUAAAAUCUACUGCUGCUGUCACUUCUCGAUGGCCACCUUCUUCUGGUUCAUGCCUGUUUGGACGACGUAUUCUGCGUACAAGGCUUCCAGCAACAGCUCGGAACCGGUUGAACACGUGCUUCAUCUUGAGGAGGAACUUUACUUUCUCCAUAUCCGUACUUCGAUCGUUCACUACACUUUCUAUGCGGCUAUUAUGUGGCCAACGAUCUAUACGCUUGGAUUUACUGGUGGCACGAAGCUGUUAACCAUUUUCAGCAAUGUGAAGUACUGUUCGGCGAUGUUGAAGCUAGUCGCCCUGAGGAUCCAGUGUCUCGCUAGAGCAGAGCAAGACGAAGUGGAAAAAGAGCUAGAUAAGAUCAUUUCAAUGCAUCAACGAGCACUCGACUGUGUCUUUUUGCUAGAAACUACAUUCCGCUGGGUGUUUUUCGUACAGUUUAUCCAGUGUACUAUGAUCUGGUGCAGUCUCAUUCUUUACAUCGCUGUGACGGGACUUAGUUCCACGGUGGCCAACGUGUGUGUACAAAUUAUUUUGGUGACGGUGGAAACAUAUGGCUAUUGCUACUUCGGAACAGAUCUAACCACGGAGAGUUAUAAUGUGGCACUGGCCGUUUACGAUAGUGAUUGGUACAAGUUCUCCGUCUCGAUGCGCCGGAAGCUUCGUUUGCUGCUGCAACGGUCCCAGAAACCGCUCGGAGUUACGGCGGGAAAGUUCCGUUUCGUAAACGUUGCUCAGUUCGGCAAAAUGCUGAAGAUGUCCUACUCGUUCUACGUGGUGCUGAAGGAACAAUUUUAG